UUAACAGUAUUAACUAAAAUAAAUUUGUUUAGUCAUGAUGAUUUGAGUUAAUGACACAGAGACAGAUUGGCAGAUAAUAAAGUAUCAGAAACGUGAAUUGUGUGACCUCUCACUCGCUCUUCCUAACAAAACCGCUGGUUAACAUUCGCGUUCGGGCCUUCGAGUUGUGCGUACGCGUCGCUCUCGCUGUUCGCUAAUAACAAACAUGGCUGCAGAAGUUAAGAAAUUCACCAGAAAGGAGAUAGCGGAGACCGGCAAGCCUGCGACUCGUUUCAUCAUUCACAAUUAUGUAUACGACGUAUCCAAAUUUUUGGACGAACAUCCCGGAGGACACGAAGUACUAGUCGAUGUCGCCGGCAAGGACGCGUCCGAGAAUUUCGACGACAUCGGUCACAGUAUUGACGCUAAGGAGUUAAUGAAAAAAUACCGCAUCGGUGAGUUAGUAAAAGAAGACAAAAAUAGUUUAUAUUAUUAUUUGUCGAUAAUUGUUUGAUCUUGUAGAUCCAUUACCAAAAAUCCUCAAUUAAAAUUAUGCAGAUAUU